UUCUCCUAAAUGAUCAAGAAGAUAGAGCUUAAUUGCGGGAUCUACUUUAAAAACUGUUAUCAGGCAACCUACUGGCCCCUUUAAAACUCUUACCAGGGAAAAUUCAGACAAGUCAGGAAUGGCUGAAGAAAAUCAUACCAUGAAAAAUGAGUUUAUCCUCAUGGGAUUUACAGAUCACCCUGAGCUGAAGACUCUGCUGUUUGUGGUGUUCUUUGCCAUCUAUCUGAUCACCGUGGUGGGGAAUAUUAGUUUGGUGGCACUGAUAUUUAAACACCGUCAGCUUCACACACCAAUGUACAUCUUUCUGGGAAAUCUGGCUCUUGUGGAUUCUUGCUGUGCCUGUGCUAUUACCCCCAAAAUGUUAGAGAACUUCUUUUCUGAGGGCAAAAGGAUUUCCCUCUAUGAAUGUGCAGUACAGUUUUAUUUUCUUUGCACUGUGGAAACUGCAGACUGCUUUCUUCUGGCAGCAAUGGCCUAUGACCGCUAUGUGGCCAUCUGCAACCCACUGCAGUACCACAUCAUGAUGUCCAAGAAACUCUGCAUUCAGAUGACCACAGGGGCCUUCAUAGCUGGAAACCUGCAUUCCAUGAUUCAUGUAGGGCUUGUAUUUAGGUUAGUUUUCUGUGGAUCGAAUCACAUCAACCACUUUUACUGUGAUAUUCUUCCCUUGUAUAGACUCUCUUGUGUUGAUCCUUAUAUCAAUGAACUGGUUCUAUUCAUCUUCUCAGGUUCAGUUCAAGUCUUUACCAUAGGUAGUGUCUUAAUAUCUUAUCUCUAUAUUCUUCUUACUAUUUUCAGAAUGAAAUCCAAGGAGGGAAGGGCCAAAGCUUUUUCUACCUGUGCAUCCCACUUUUUGUCAGUUUCAUUAUUCUAUGGAUCUCUUUUCUUCAUGUACGUUAGACCAAAUUUGCUUGAAGAAGGGGAUAAAGAUAUACCAGCUGCAAUUUUAUUUACAAUAGUAGUUCCCUUACUAAAUCCUUUCAUUUAUAGCCUGAGAAAUAGGGAAGUAAUAAGUGUCUUAAGAAAAAUUCUGAUGAAGAAAUAAUCUCAAGAAAGAUGGAAACAAGUGACAUCUACUAUAGCUUAAUGAUUUAAAUGCAGCAAAAACUUCCAUGUGAAAUUACACAGGGGAAAUGCACAAAUUAUAAGUAAAAUUUUAAUAUAUAAGAAUACAUUCAAAUUAAGUGGCAAGAGGUAAGGGUAGAAUAUACAAAAAAGAGUAAACUGUGGUAAAUCUUAAUUCAAAAUAACAAAAAUGAAAUUCUAAUUUUGAACUCAUUCAAGUAACAAUGUAAUAUGUUGUCAAGCUCUUGGUCUGUGUUGGCAUAAGGGAUGAUAAGCAUCCAAAAGAACACAGCAAAACUGGAAGUUACAAGUUCAAAGGACCAUUCCAUUAAGCAUUGAUAACCAGAUAAGCUAUUUUAAUAGCUUAGAGCAUGAGCAUUAUGGUUAAACUGAAAGAGUUUAAGAUCAUAUGAUGGUCAACCAGUAAAAUCACUUACAUCCAUGAGCAACAAAAUUGUGACAAGCGAAUUUUGAGAAAUCAAUUUUAAUAGCAUUAUGGGGACAUUACUAUAGUUAGAAAGGAAGUAUUAGGAAAACGAAGGUGUCAAAUAAUAGUGAAUAUCAGAUUUCCAAAUUUAAAUUAUUACUGAGUUAAAUAUUAAACACAGAAUGUCAAUUUUCAAGACAUUAAGAGAGUUUUAUCUACUCCCAUAUCUACCUGCAUAAAGAUACCAUAACAUAAACUUCCAGAAAAGCAGUUCAAACCUCAUGUAGGAUUUGAAGAGCUUCUUUGUUAGUGAGUUAGGUGCAAUGUCUCUGUGCUCCUACUUGAGAGGUGAGGAAAGGUUUCAACAAUAGAGACCACUACCCUGGGUAUAUUAUAUAUAGAAAUGUAAAACGUAGUGUUGUUAAACUGUAGGUAGAGUUUAUCUAAUUUUUUUUUCUUUUCACUAUUGCAAAACCUGAAGUUGGGAUUGUGGGUAGAGUAAUGACCUUAAUGUGAUAUCAUUUUAAAAAUUACUUUCCAAUUAUUCACUCAACAUAUAUUUAUUGAAAUCCUGCUAUAGGUAGGCAUUGUUCUGGGUGUUGGGCCAUAUCAGUUACAAAAAAUGCCAGUUUUUCCAUCUUCUUGAAGAAUAGAAUAUUACCACGAUUUUUAUUACUAACUUCUGGAUUAAGAAGGACCUAUGUCACAUAAUAGAAAAAAAAUCUCCCUUCCACCUCUUGCUCUGAGGACCUGUCUAAAUUCCCAGAAAGCAAUUGUCAAGUGCUCCAGGUUAGCCAGAGGCUGGCAUCACAGGAAAAAUCAAUAUGCUGAGUCUGCACAGAAAAAGUAAUAGGAGAGCAGAUGAAUUUCCAAUUCCCUAACUCAUCAAUGCAAAAAUAUAACCACCUAGUUUUUCUUUGUAACCUCCAAGAAAAUCUAACCUAGUUCAUUCCAAUUAUACUUGGACACGUGAAGAUCUUGUUUGUUUCAAAUUAAAUUCCAUCAAUUUAGGAUUUACCCAACACUACCUACAUCUUUCCUUCAUCACAUAUAAAUGUAUAGGUCCUUGCCUGGUAUCAUGGCACUGAGCACAGGUGCCAGAUUAUAUAUGAGCUCUGUCCAAGCUAUGAUUCUGUGAGAUGUCUGAGCCUAUUUGACCCGUUGGUUAUUUCUUCAUGCCACCAUCACUUCAGGUAUCUACGUCCAUGUCUACUCCUCAGGCUGCAUUGAUUUUCAGCUAAAAUGUCUAUUUAUCCAACCCACAAGGCUUUGGGUUGGCUGGCUCUCUCUCUCUUACUCUUCAUCUGCUAAUUUCUGAGUAAAUUCUCUUGACCUCUUCCCAGUGGGUCCAGGAAAUGUUGAAAUGCAUCAUUUUUGCACUUCCGAUGCUACACAAUACCAGUACAAUGUAGGAUUUUGAAAGCUUACAUGGGUCCCUUUUGAAGGUCCCUUUUGCACAUAGGUCACCAAACCUCCCUGAGCAAUUGUCACCCCACUCCCAUGCCAGGACACCCCCUGGGAAUUGAAACCACAGAACCUUUUCCAGGCAACACGAACUCUUCCCUUCUUGAUGUUGCUUUUUUUCCCAACUGACUGAAUCCUUAAUUCUAGGAUGAUACUUAGUUUUCACAUCAUUACAAAUGUUUCCCGGAUGUACUUUUAUGGAGUAAAAUUGGACUCAAAAAUGAGACUCCGUCUUAGUCUAUUCUCUCUGUCUGGAAUAUCAAAGGUAUGCUCAGAAAUAAAAAAAAAAGUGAGGGAUAACACUGUUGUAUGGCUCUGGCCUCCUUUUCUUAUAUCAAUAAAUGUGAACUGCCCUGGUUACUGUCUGAAACGGCAGGCAUAGUUAUUGGGUAAGACAGAAUUACAGGCAGGCUUUAUCUGAGAAUUACUGGUUAUGGGAGAAAAAUAUCUGAUAAAAUGAAUAUUUUUAAAAUCUCAACUCAUAGUAUGCAGAGGAAAACA